UAUUUGUUUUCGAAGUAAACACAAGAAAACAAAAUUUUAUUAAAGAGAGUUGGCAGCACUGUAACUAUAUGUCAAAAAGUUUCAUCGUGCUCAGAGGCAUAUUAGGAUAUAAUUUUAAACAUUUAACAUUUUAAGUAAUAGUUCCUGUCUAAAACAAAAUAAAACCAUGGCCUCAACUAGCGGAACUGAAAUGCCAGAACAAAUUGAUUUGUCAAAAUUGAGUCUUGAGCAAUUGUUUCAAAUAAAGCAAGAACUUGAACAGGAAUUUAGUGGUAUUCAAGAAUCACUACAAACGCUGUACAACUGCAAGGCAAAGUAUGCUUCAUCCAAAGAAGCAUUGGAGGCAUUUCAACCUGAGUGGGAAAACCGUCAAAUUUUGGUGCCGCUCACAAGCAGUAUGUAUGUGCCAGGACGUAUAAAAGAUCUGGACAACUUUGUUCUGGAUAUCGGUACUGGAUAUUAUGUCGAAAAGAACUUAAAUGAUUCCAAAGACUAUUUCAAGAGACGUGUUGAUUAUGUUCAGGAGCAAAUUGAGAAGAUUGAAAAAAUCCAAGUGCAAAAAAAUCGUUUCCUUAAUGCUAUCGUUGGUGUCAUAGAAAUGAAACAACUUGCAGUCGCAAAGCAAUUGCAGCAACAACAAAACGCAUAAAGAUAUUAUAUUAUCAUAAUUUAUUUUACGUUAAACGCUUAAAUUAAUUAAGAAAAAUCAUUAAAAAUUUUGUAAUAUCUAUUAAUACAAUUAAUAUAACAU